AUGUCCCUAGAGAAUCCUGCAAAUGUAUUGGGUCCACUACAAGUUGCUGGAUGUGAAGUUGCAUCUAGUAAGAUUGGUGAAGUAAUCUCUCUGGAUAGUGGGAAUGAUCAGAAAAUCAACUCUUUCUCUCUCAUUCCUCAUGAGUUUUUUGAAGAUGUGGAAUCUAAAUGGAAGGGUCGAAUAAAAAGAAUCCACAUAGAUGACGUAUUUACUGCAGUACAAAAAGCUGCUGAGGCCUUGCAUAUAGCCGUCGCUGAAGAUUUUGUUCCUGUUGUUUCUAGAAUAAAGGCUACUUUAGCUCCACUCGGAGGUCCUAGGGGAGAAAUUUCCUAUGCUCGGGAGCAUGAGGCAGUUUGGUUCAAAGGCAAACGUUUUACACCAAAUUUGUGGGCUGGUAGCCCUGGGGAGGAACAAAUUAAACAGCUUAGGCAUGCCUUAGAUUCUAAAGGUAAAAAGGUAGGUGAGGAAUGGUUUACAACACCAAAGGUGGAGGCUGCGUUAACUAGGUACCAUGAAGCAAAUGCCAAAGCAAUAGAACGAGUUUUGGAAAUUUUAAGGGAACUCGCUACUGAGUUGCAUUACAAUAUAAACAUUCUUGUCUUUUCAUCCACGUUGCUUGUUAUUGCCAAAGCUUUAUUCGCUCAUGCAAGUGAAGGGAGAAGAAGGAGAUGGGUCUUUCCAACACUUGCAGAAUCUAAUGGGUUUGAGGUAGAUGUGAAGUCGUUGGACACAAUCCAUGGGAUGAAGAUAGUUGGUUUAUCACCGUAUUGGUUCCACAUAGCAGAAGGUGUUGUGCGUAAUGAUGUUGAUAUGCAAUCAUUAUUUAUUUUGACCGGACCAAAUGGUGGAGGGAAAUCAAGUUUACUUCGUUCAAUUUGUGCUGCUGCACUACUUGGGAUAUGUGGACUCAUGGUUCCUGCAGAAUCAGCCGUGAUUCCUUAUUUUGACUCCAUCACCCUUCAUAUGAAGUCAUAUGAUAGUCCAGCUGAUAAAAAGAGUUCUUUUCAGGUUUGCUAUUGGCUCGUGCUUUUGUCUGAUGUUCAUCCAUAG